AUGCUGCAAUUGCAAAAGCAACCACCCGCAACGUAUAAAAUUAAACAUAUUAUAUUAAAACAUGGAAAAAGGCAAAAGGAAAGGCAACUUUUUCUUUUAUACUUAUUAAAAAUAUAUUUAAUAUAUUUUUUAAAUUUUAAAGCAAGCCCCGAUUAA